UACAUAGCCAUAACUUUCGCAUUUUUGACAAUAAUAGUCACUUUUUGAAAAAUACACAGAUAUAGCCACAUUUUAGAAACUCGGUUGACAAAAUUAGCCAUUUCCAUUUGAAACUUUAACAUCGUUAACAAGAUGCUGAUGUGGAUGUAACCUUAUCUUCCACAUCAGCACCAACACACCAAGUCAUGCCACCUGACUGCCACAUCAGAUUUUGAAUUAAAAUAAAUAAUUUAUUUUUCAUUAAACAAUCAAAGUUUCCAAACCCCAUCCUCUCCAGAGCUCUGAACUUCUCUGUCAAUCAACGAUGAUCGGAUCUAGGUUUCCAAACCCCAAUUCUCCCGCCACUCCCACCAUCUCCAUUGUCGACCAGAGUGAAGAUGAAAACACCAAACCACUGCCUCGCUGCCACACCCACCAAUGUAGCUGACGCAAGAAAGUUUUAUCUCCUUCUGCUGCUCCAACUUUCCAGAUCUCGCAAAACCAGAGCUCAUAGCUCUGGCCCUUCAAUGGCGGUUCUCAAAAUCAAUUUCUAAUUCAAAGUUGGGAACUCUCCUUCUUUCUCCCCUCCUCCACCUCACACCACCGAACCCACGACGACGAAUAAAGACGGCUGUAUCUAAUCAGAUUCAAAGCCAGCGCUAGCACGCUUAUAAUCGGAGGGACGAAGGAGCAAUAUGCUCUUUCUCGACGACACACCAUAUCUGUGGGUUGAUAACUCGGGUAAGAGAAGAUGGUUCGUUCUCCCAUUGCUCGGGAUUUGACAAUGGCAUUGGCGGCGUAAGCUAGGAACUCGAUGACGCACUCGUCACAUCCCAGUUCUCCCCCUGGUCGAGAUUCGUCGAGGGCGGUGGCGCCAGAGCCUUAGAACUCGACGAAUUGGAAUUGGGGGAGAGGGAUAGACAAAUCGAGGGAGAGGGAUAGAUAAGUAUGUAUUCUUGUUUUUUCAUGUGUUUGAUUAAAGGGGAAGCUUGAUAGGAGAGGGGAAAUAAAUAAGUUGCAAAUGGUGUGAUUAAUUUUCUGGGGUUUCUGAUGAUCUUCGCAUGGAGCAAGGUCGGUCGUGGAAUGAACUCGCAUGGAGCAUUUUUUUUCUUUAAUUCAUAUAAAUGAGAACAUUUUCAAUCUGGAUUUAAAGUCAUCCACGUCACCGAACCGUUAGUACAGUCAGCGUUUACGAUGUUGCCGUUAAAGUUAUUAAUGGAAUGACUAUAUCCAGGGGCGGAGCUACCUUGUUCCUCGGGGGGGGGGGGGGGGGGGGGGGGGGGGGGGCCCGAUCCCCCAAGAAUUUUGAAGAUUGCGUGCAAAAAUAUCGAGAAUUUUGGAAAUUCUGAAGAAAUUAUCUAUUAUACAAUUACAGUUCCGCGCAAAAAUGAUAACCUUUGACUAGCUCUAGUCCAGCGGAAAGCAGAUCCUAUUAUCUUCCAGGUACUCAGGUUCAAUCCCUGGCAAAACCAUAUUUUUGCAGCUUUCUCUUUUUGGUUUAAUUUACUAUUUAUUUUGAAUAGACCAUUACAUAAAAUUUGAGUUUAUAACACAUGUUUAUAUCUUUUAAUAAUUUUUGUACUUCAUCUUCAUAUAGUUUCUAAUUUUAAAGUUCAAACCAGAUAAUUAAAGAUGAAGUAUGCUGGUCAUUUACUAUUUAUUUUGAAUAGACCAUUACAUAAAAUUUGAGUUUAUAACACAUGUUUAUAUCUUAUAAUAACUUUUGUACUUCAUCUUCAUAUAGUUUCUAAUUUUAAAGUUCAAACCAGAUAAUUAAAGAUGGAGUAUGCGGGUCAUUUACUAUUUAUUUUGAAUAGACCAUUACAUAAAAUUUGAGUUUAUAACACAUGUUUAUAUCUUUUAAUUAUCUAAAAUAUUGCUUGGGUUUCUAAAAUAUUGUUUGGGUUUCUAUAAUGAAUGAAUUGUUUAUUAUUAUUAUUAUUAUUUAUCUUCUUAGAACAUUUUGACGGAUACUAUAAAAAAAGUUCGGCCCCCCCGAUCUCUGGAUCCUAGCUCCGCCUCUGACUAUAUCUGUGUAUUUUUCAAAAAGUGGCUAUUAGCCUAUUAUUCCCUAUGUUUGGCCCUGCUUUUAGAAGUGCUUUUCGGUUUCAAAAGCUGAAGCAGGGCCAAACACUUCUAAAAGCUCGGCUUUUGAAAAGCCGAAAAGCGCUUUUGUAUAACAUAAAAGCAGAAGCUCCGAUUUGGAGCUUCUGCGAAAAGCUAUUUUGAAAAUACAAGAUUAUCCUUACCAUAUUUUAAUUUUAUUUCAGAAAAUAUAAUUUUCCUUCAUUUAUAUCAUUUUAAAAAUAAAAUAGAUUAUAAAAUCAUAUUAUUUAAUAUAAAAGAAAUCUAAUGAGAUCCAUUUUGACUACUUUUUAUUGUUUAGAAUGUUUAUUCAUAUUUUAUAUUAUAAGUCCUUUAUAGUCAUCUUAUACAACCUCACAUAUUAAAAAGCACUUCUAAUAGUUUUACAGCCAAACACUCAACUGUUUUUUUUUUUUUUGAAAAGUACUUAUCCAAAAGCUCCAGCCAGAAACUGCUUCUGCAAAAGCUACAGCAGGGCCAAACUAAGCUAUUGUCAAAAACGCGAAAGUUAUUGCUAUAAAGGUGUAUUAAGCCUAAUAAAUGAAAUUCCUAGUAUAAUUUUACAUACUUGUAAUAAUCAAAUUAGUUGGUUUAUAAAUAUCUAUCUUGUGUUGUCUGGUAUUAUACAAACAGUUUAGAAAGUAGAAUCUGUAUACCCCAUACAACAAACCUUAUAAUCCUAAACCCAUGAAAAAAACAAAGUAGUUCUAUUGCUAGAUCAACUACGUCGCUUGUAUAAAAAAGAUUAUAUGCACUGCUUAUCAUGGUUUGCCAACAAGGUUAAACCAGUGUUGUUAAAUUAGUUGGGGGCAAGCUCGUGUCAACUCUACUCAUUAGCUGCCCUCCAUAUAGCUAGAUCAAUUAUAGUGUUUAUCAUAAAUUUCAACGUGGUCAUACCGUUACUCGCAUAAAUCUCGAUCAAUGGGGUCAUAUAAUAUUUAAGUUUCUUUUAAUAUGAUUAGUUCAAAUAUACUGUGAUAGUCCCAAAUUACUAGAUACAACAUUUACACGGCACGAGUUCUGGUGCUUAAUCCCAAAAAUUGCUUAAAGCAUUUUUAUUGGCUAAUAGAAAAUUAGAUAGUUAAUGAGAAGUUAGUAAUUAAUAAUUAAUUAAGUAUUUAAGUAAUUAGCAUAUUUUUUCCUUAAAUAUCUCGGCCAACUCAUCCAACCUUUCUUGUUCUUAUUCCAACCACCAUUACCAUUAGGGCUGGGCAUGCAGGCGGAUCACCCGCGGGUUUGGGCCGACCUAUCCGCAUUUGACCUGAAUUUUGUUAUGUGGAUGGGUUUGUGGGCGGGUGACGGGUUGCGCUGAGAGCCAUCCGUCGGAUGCCGGGUGGGUUGUGGGUGGGUGCACGGGUGACCCGCUCAACCCAACAACAAAAAGAACAAACGCUUGGGCGCGGGAGAGUGAAGACGUUAGACGAAAACUAGGAUUGAUCUGGAGAUUGAACCUCAAAGCCAAUCUUCCAAAUCUUGAUCCCCUCUUCUUCUCUUUAUUUUUCCUUUGAUUCUUGUGCCUAAAUCACCUCUUUUUUCUCAGUUGAAUUAUUUUUCUUAGUUACCUUACCUGAUAAUCAUCUCCAUCUAUAGAAAACUCCUCCAUAAUAGAAUUUUUAUCCAAUUUUAGAAAUAAUUUGACAUUUUUUCUCCCUAUUCCAUCUUUUUGUUUCCGCCAAUAACUCUCUCCAUCGAUUAUCAUGUCAAGUUGACUCAUUUAUAUUAUGUACUUUGUGAUGUGGGUGAACCCGCAAACCCACCCGCAUUACCCACCAUCCGCCCGACCCAACCCGAGACUAAAUGUGGGUGGGUGGUGGGUUAAAAAUUGUCAAUCUGUUUAAGUGCGGGUGGGUGCUUUUUAUGAUAAAAAUCCACCUGACCCGCCCAAUGCCCACCCCUAAUUACCAUAUCUAAGCACAUAUUUGCCGCUCACCAUUAAGAUUUCCUCUUCUUCAUCAUCUUCUCAAAUGUCCAUUUUUAAAACUUAAUAUAUUAAUUUUAAAUUUCUUUGAAUAUUAAUAUUAAUUUUAAAUUUCCAUUUAAUUGUAUUAAUAUUUUUAUGAUAUCUUAUUUUCCCUCUUCGUUUACGUCGUUAAUAAAGUUUACGUCCUAUACUUUUGAUAAAAUUUUCAUUUAAUUUUCAAUAUAAGUAUUAACGUCAUUAACAAAGAUUAUACCCACGCGGAUCUGAACAAUGAUACUUUUUUGGUGACAUUUGGAAAUGAUCAGGAUUAUCUUCUGGCAUUGACGGGAUAGUCGUGGAUGAUUUUAGACCACUACUUGAUCGUUCAUCAGUGGUCGCCGACUUUCCGAACGACUGACAAGCCCCAUCGGAGAGUGGUAGCCUGGGUUCGAUUGCCGGAAUUGCCCGUUCACUUCUAUCACCGCGAGGUGCUUUUUGCUUUGGGAAACCUGAUUGGCACGAUUGUUAAACUUGAUUAUCACACGAAACAGCUAGAACGUGGGAAGUUUGCACGGUUAGCCAUUAAACUCGACAUGACAAAACCGCUGCCCACGCAUAUCAGGUUAGACGGAUUCUGGCAACAAGUGCUCUAUGAAAACAUUCCUGAAAUAUGCUUUACAUGUGGUAAAAUUGGUCAUUUAGAGGAUAGAUGCUCAAUGAACAAUCAAGCUUUGGCCAUUGCCGUGGCCCCGGGACUUGGCAGUCAUCAAGCCUCAUCUAGGGAUGGCAAUCAAACCCAUGGCCGUGGGUACCCGACCGCCCCCGACCCAGUCAACGCGGGGAAUCCCCGCUUUGACCGGGUAUGGGGCGGGUAUGGGUAAAACCCGCAAAAAGUUUGAUGGGUAUGGGGCGGGUAUGGUUUUAGCCUCCCCCGCCCCAUACCCAUACCCAUACCCGCCCCACCAAGAGAAUUUCUUCACAUAUAAAAAAAUAUGUGGAUUAAAUUGUAAUCUAUCAAUGAUGAUAAUGAUAACUUGAGAAAAUAAAUAGUAGAAAUACAAUUGAGUAACCACCUUAAACAAAACCUAAUUCAUUUCCCUCAAUUAUCCUUCCACUCUUUCACUUUCCCCCUUGUCAACAAGAUUAUGUUAAUUAAUUAUUACUUAGUAAAUGUAUCAAGAGUUAGAGCAUAAUAAUUUAAAAAAUAUUGUAGUCUAUAUUAUGUAUUAAUGGAUGUUUUAGGAUCAUAUUCUUUGAAUCGUAUUUAGAAAAUGACCGUGUUUUGUUGACUUCAUGAUAUAAUAGCUUUGUUUAUGGUUAUAAUUAAAACUUUUCUUGUAAGUUUUAGGUAUAAUAAUGUUGGAUGUCGGGGAUGGGUAUUACCCAUGGGUACCCGAAACCCACGGGUAUGGGGAUGGGUUUGCAAAACAAUCCCCCGCAUGGGUAUGGGGCGGGUAUGGGUUUGGGUAUUUGAAGAUGGGGAUGGGGAUGGUUUAGGCAAACCCGCCCCAAACCCGCCCCAUUGCCAUCCCUAGCCUCAUCGGAAGAAACUCCAGUGGAACCUCCGGCCGGAUUUGGCCCCAUACCUAGGCUGAUGGGUCGCCGGGUGCGAAAGGAAAGGGGGAUAUUCAAGCUGCAAACAAAAAGGGAUUGUCGUCAAAACAAAAAGGGAAAGAGGCAGUGAACGAGGACCAGUAUAAUGGAGGAAAGAAUCAACCAAUUAAGAUGGGUAAAGAAUGGAGAGUGGUCUCGCAGCGGGAGCCCAUGAGGGAACAACCACGGGCCCAGCCCACAGAUGCUUCUUCCUCGAAGACAAGACAAGUUGGGCCUACGGGGAAUUUGGGUCCAUAAACAGAGACUUUUCUAGGGGCCAAUAACACUAAGAUUCACCUAAUUUCGGUCCCGCCUCUGAUAUCAGACCUCAAGGAAACAAAGACCCUAAUUCACAUCCUCUCUCAUCAGCUCGACAACAUUAUCGGAAAAAGGGGAAUGAUCGGUCGCCGGCCAAGGAGCUCCACAAAGGAGUCAGUCUGAAAGCAGUUAAAAGACCACCCUAGGUGACGAUCAAUAAGCGAACUCUGACCAA